UUCUAUCAACAUUCUACUGUAACCCUAGCAGCAGGCCUUUGCGAUUGGCCAGAACAGUCAUUAAAGAUCAGCCCUUCUGCCACAGUUCACGAUUGGAUUGGGUCUUCGCAGUUGUCAAUCUUUAGGUCGAUUUUAGUUGAGGUGCAGUUGAUAUGGACUUGGAAGUUCCCUAGAUUCUGAACUGUGCAGCUAGAAUUGAUCUCACCGAUAUUUUUUUUAUAAAGGAUUGCAAAGUGUAUACAUAUAUUUUUUUAAUAACACGACAUCGACAUGGAACUGAACUCUCUUCUAAUUCUUCUCGAGGCUGCUGAAUAUUUGGAAAGAAGAGACAGAGAAGCAGAACAUGGUUAUGCGUCCGUUUUACCGUACAAUAGCGACUUUUCCAGAAAGAAAACGAAAGCUUCAACAAUUUCAAGAAAAACGCAGAACAAUAGGUCAUCACAUAACGAGCUUGAAAAACACAGACGUGCCAAACUGCGGCUCUAUCUCGAGCAGCUGAAACAGCUGGUGCCCCUGGGGCCGGACAGCACCAGACACACCACUCUGAGUCUACUGAAACGAGCCAGGAUGCACAUCAAGAAAUUGGAAGAGCAGGACCGGAAGGCUUUAAACAUGAAGGAGCAGCUUCAGCGAGAACACCGCUACCUGAAGCGCAGACUGGAGCAGCUCUCAGUGCAGGGCCUGGAGAGAAUCCGCACGGACAGCAUGGGAUCAACCAUCUCCACCGACUCAGAGCAGGAGGUGGAUAUUGAGGGGAUGGAAUUUACGCCGGGGGAGAUGGACAGCUUAGGCAGCAUCAGUGACGGUGAUGACCACUACAGUGUCCAGAGCAGCUCGAGCAACGGCAGCUACAUACAUUCCUGCAGGUUACAGGCCAUGCCCUCUUAGUGCGGCUGGACCGAACUCACCAGCAAAACCACCUGAUAACUGAGGGCACUUCGACGAACAGCAACAACAACAAAAUAAUAUUCCAGGUGACAACGGCCACUCUUCUAGGAAACCAAACCCAACCCGCAGAUACCCUAAAAAGUGAUGUUCUGUUUCCCACAGUCCUCUCUGCAUUUUGACCACAGAAUCAGGUAGCAGAGCAAUUUAGGGUUUUAGCAGCGAGAGUUGUGGUGUGGUGUACAGUUUUGACUUGGUAUUCAGAACCCUUUAUUAUUAUUAUUAUUAUUAUAAUAAUAAUAAUAAUAAUAAUAAUAAUAAUAAUAAUA